AUGUCCGACCCGGAACAAGCCCUAAAGCAGGGCGCGGAAAACGCUGCACCACAGCCGCCCACUUUCCCAGAAGGUGGUCUCCGAGGAUGGCUCACUGUGUUAUCUUGCUGGUGCGUGAUGUUUAACACAUUCGGCUAUAUAAACGCAUUCGGAAUCUACGACGCAUACUACAAACAGACCUUCCUCAAGAACGAAAGCGACUCCAACAUCUCCUGGAUUGGCUCCCUCCAAGUCUUCUUCAUGUUCUCAGCAGGACUAAUCUCCGGGCCCAUGAUGGAUCGCUACGGACCAAAGAUAAUCCUGAUCCCGUGCUCAGCCCUCUUCAUCCUCUCCAUAAUGCUCACCUCCCUCUGCUCCGCAUACUACCAGUUCCUCCUAGCCCAAGGCAUCCUGGGCGGCCUCACAAACGGCCUAACCUAUACGCCCGCCUUAGCAGCCGUAAACCAAUACUUUUUCCACAAACGCCCCCUUGCAAUGGGAAUCGCCUCCUCCGGCUCCUCCCUAGCCGGCAUCAUAAUCCCCGUAAUGCUCAACCGCCUCCUGAACAACACAAACCUCGGCUUUGGCUGGUCCGUCCGCAUAAUCGGCUUCCUAAUGCUCCUUCUCAGCAUAACAGCUUGCUCAAGCAUCUCCUCCAACGCCCCGAAACGCCGCUCUGGAGCCCCCUUCCUCCUCUCCGCAUGGAAGCACCCCGUCUAUAGUCUGCAGGUCGCGGGUAUCUUCCUGGUGAUGUGGGGGUUCUUCGUGCCCUUUUUCUAUAUCCCCGCUUAUGCACAGAGCAUCGGGAUUAGUACUGCGUUGUCGAAUUAUCUGAUUUCGAUCCUGAAUGCGACGAGUCUCGUUGGAAGGUUGUUGGGGGGUGCGGUUGCGAAUAAACUCGGGCGGUUUAAUACGCUUGCGGCUGCGUCGGCGGUCUGUGGGGUGUUGAUACCGAGUUGGAUUGCUGUUUCGGAGCUUAGGGGAAUGGUUGCCUUUGCGGUGCUGUUUGGGUUCUUCUCGGGGACGGUGAUUGGGUUGCUUCCCGCUACUUUGGCGAUGACGGCAGAGAGGCCGAAUGAGAUUGGGAGUUAUAUGGGGAUGGCGUUAGGGGUUUGUAGUUUGGCUGGGUUGAGUGGGACGCCGAUUACUGGGGCGAUGAUUCAUGCGUAUGGGACUUACACUUCGGCGAUUGUGUUUGCGGGUGUAGUGACGCUUGUUGGGGCUGGGGUUUUGUUGGUUUCGAGGGUAUGGUUUGUUGGGGGGAAGUUGGUUGCGUAG